AUGUGCGAUACUAACUCAGGUACAAGUCUAAAAUGGAAUCUCACAGGCGUAACAGUGGCUGGAACUAAUAGCAAUGGAGCAAAUGCAAAUCAACUUCAUGCGCCUGGGUUUAUAUAUGUCGAUGCAAACUAUACCUUGUAUGUAUGCGAUUCCAACAAUAAUCGCGUUCAAAAGUGGACGAAAGGAGCUUCAACUGGUACCACCGUGGCAGGCAGCAUCAGUGGUAGUAAUGGCAACAGUGCGACUUUGCUUCAAAAUCCAAUAGGUAUUGAUUUUGAUGCGAAUGGAUACAUGUAUAUAGCUGACUAUGGCAAUAAUCGUGUGCAACGCUUUCCACCUAAUUCAAACAGUUCAACCAGCGGCACGACUGUUGCUGGGAUAGCAGGAGGUGGUGGUAGCACAAAUAGUCUACUUCACCAACCAGCUGAUGUGAAGAUCGAUGACAAUUUCAAUCUAUUCAUUACUGACUUAGCUAAUAAGCGUGUGGUGAAGUGGGCUGCCAAUGCAACGAAUGGCACUGUUUUAAUUAACGCCGGCACUGGUGGUGCGGCUCAGAAUCAGUUUAACGCUCCAUACGGUCUCGUACUAACAAGUGCUUCUUUGAAUGAAGUAUAUUUUGGUGAUAACACCCAGCGUCUUGCUUACCUAUGGGCAUUCGAAGCAGCAAACCCAAUCACAACAUACAGUACGGCCAACUCUCUCCAAAUGGAUCAUCCAUCACAAAUGAUGUUGGACUCAUAUGGAAAUUUGUACGUUGCCGAUACGAAUCAAAAACGAGUGAUAAUGUUUUGUGCCAAUUCAACAAUUGGUCAAGUGGUAGUUGGAACCGGUACGAGCAGUACACCUACAUUCGGGAGUCCGACCGGCAUUGCAUUUGACUCAGAUUUAAACCUGUAUGUUUCUGAUGACAACUUAAACCAAGUAGUGAAAUAUUCCCUACUAUGAAUUGUCCUACGCAUGUUGUAUGAUAAUAAUGAUAAUAGCGGAGUCUUCUCCACUUAAGUUUAUUUUCUUUGUCUAUUGUCGAUUUUUAUAAACAUAUCAAAUAUACCAUAUUUACCAGAGAUUUUAUGUUUUAUCAGUGUCAUGGCCAAUGGUCAUGAUAUAUCUUUAGUUAGUUAAUAACUUUCUUUUGUGUUCAAAUAUAUUGUUCUAUUUUGCCUGUUCUUAUGACAUGUAUUGCAUUUCUUGCUUCUUUUUUUUUCUCUUUGCCUUUUCUUACUCCAUUCAUUCCUCUUGAUGAAGAAAACGUCAUCCGUAUGCCACCAUUCGUGAGGGGGACGGGAUACUUUAAAGGAUAUAUAUGGUAUGCGUCUUUUGUUUCAAUGUAUUAUUUUUUUCUUUUGUUCUGAUUGAUUGGGUAUGGAUUUGAAAUAAACGGGUGUCACUCUAAUUCAAAGAGUAGUGAGAGAAAAAUUGAUAGUCAUAGAAAAAGAAUUCCUUGUGAUCUCUAUACUUAUUGCCGAAAGGACUUUUUCUGAUUGAACGAGCAUGCCAAAGUCAUUAGGCGAUAAUAAAUGAUGAAGUUAAAUAUUUAAAGAAUGACUAGUAGCGUUUCCAUGAACUGGAAAAAAUUUUCCAUGAAUCUCCACAGCAUAGCUACAAAUAACAUUGAGCCGUCUUUAUAACAUCGAGAUGAGCGGCGGCACUUUCACUUUCUUUUUGCUUUCGGAAACGAAAGGAAAGGAAAGGAAACUUAACUGCUUUCCUCACUUUCCUUUCAAAAAAGAAAAGGAAAGAAAAGUUUAAUUUUUCAACAUUGUUAGAAAUUUAAACGAUAUAUUUUUUCGACAACUAGGAGAACACAGUAUUGGUUUUAGUACGAGCAAUGCUUAUUGAGAGUUAUUUUCGUAGUUUUCUUGUCACUUUUUUGCCACAUGAAGUCACUUUUCAACUAUCGCUUUUGUGUACCUGUUACUUUUAGAAUUUUCUUAAGUUCUGCCAUAUUUACACGGCAUUUUCAUCGUAUCGCUGUUAGUUUCAAAUAAUUUUUCAUUCUUGUUGAUGGUAAAAAAAGGAUACUGAACUCUCCUCUUUACAAGUUGUUCUCAGCUCAAGGAAGUUCAUUGGGAAGAAUUUUAAAAAUUUGUUGGAAUUUUAGUAGAGAACCUAUACUUUAAAUUUUCAGUUGUAUAUCGUAGCGCUGAAGGGAGCUAUUGGACUGUCAAUGAUCAAAAAUAGAUAGUUGGCAAAGCAAAUUUCUCCAACGGAUUUCAUUCUAUAUGUUGAAUUCGUAUUUUGUUUCGAGCAGCAUCUGAUAAUACAGUAUGGUUAUUUCUUAAAAAUUAUUAUUUGCCAAUCGAAUGAUUUGGUUUGCAACUUUUAUGACUUUAAAGACUUUAAAAAAAACCACUCUAAUUAUAUGACUGCAGUAUAUCUUCGCACGCUUUAUCAAAGGAAGGAAAACAGAAAGAAACCAAAUGAGUGUAAGCACAAAAGCGAUAGUUGAAAAGUGACUUCAUGUGGCAAAAAA